AAAAAAAAGAAGAAAAAAAACUACACUUCCCACAAUUCCACGGGUCAGUGUUGCGUAACUUUCGGAACGUCUUCCAGGAGAAACUCUGCGGCCCAGACGACUUGGCAGAAACAUCAAACACCUCGAUUCUGAAUGACACAAAAUCCAACGGAGCUGCAUAAACUCGUCCGUAACGAGGAAAUCAUCGCUCGCAAGCGCUCGGAGGCUGGCUGUGAAAGAGAUUCACGGUGGAUUUGAGAACGCAAGAUCGCGAGGGCCUAUCAAAUAUGUCCUCUUCCUCGCAGGCGUCUUCCAGGCGGCAAUGGUGCUACCUUUGCGACCUGCCGAAGAUGCCGUGGGCCAUGAUUUGGGACUUCAGCGAGGCCGUGUGCAGAGGCUGCGUGAACUACGAGGGCGCGGACAGAAUAGAGCUGCUGAUCGACGCGGCGCGGCAGCUCAAGCGAACACAUGUGAUGCAGGACGGCAGAUCUCCGGGUCCGCAGCCCGUCGGUAAACACGCUCCCGCUGGUAAGGAGGCUCCUAUGGAGACCGGCAGACCGCCCUCCGAGCGAUAUGAACGGGGAAGGGGAGAAUACGUGUCCGCCAGGCUGCCCAACGGGCUUCCAAGACUGGAGGAUGGAGGUCCGCCUGAGGUUAGUAGGCAGAGUCCUACCGCCAGGAGGACUUUAGUGGGGGCUGUGCCACCCAAUUUAAUGGCGCAAGGGCUUGUCGGAGCCCCUCACGGCCUGCUGGCUGCCAUGCCUGGUCUGAAUGCCCGAGCCGGAGGCGCACCCAUGACUAUUUCCGGCCCCAUGUUGAACGAGCUCAGCAAAAGACAGGCCAUAAGCAUGGGGAUGAACGUAGGUGUGGCGUCUUUCAUGAGCCCGGAGUUCGAAAAGGAGCUCAAGGAGAAGCAGAGGAACGCCGAAGCCCUCGCUGAGCUUUCCGAAAGCGUCCGGAACCGCGCCGAAGACUGGGCUGGACGCCCUAAACACAUGCGCGAGGCCUUGCAUGCCCUUUCCGGCUGCACCCCGUUCAAUGUGCGCUUUAAGAAAGACCACGGCCUGAUGGGAAGGGUGUUCGCUUUUGACGCCAAGCUGAUGGCUGAGUUUGAGCUGAAGGUCUUCAUCGAGUAUCCGUGCGGAUCCGGUAACGUGUUCCCAAGCGUCUUAUCGCUGGUCAAGCAGAUGUUCCACGACUCUCAGAAAGACACCGGAAAGGUCAUUAACUCGGGGUACAAAUACGUGGAGUAUGAGAAAAGGCACGGCACCGGUGACUGGCGCCUCCUGUCGGAGCUGCUCAGCGAUGGAGUGCGUGUGUUCAAAGACGCGCCGGCCCCGGAAACCCUCCCGCAGCCUUACCUGGACCCCAGCUGUUCCAUGUUGCCCAGCGCGCUCUGCCACAUCGGACGUCCCACGCAGCCAAGAGUGCGCAGGCGCAAAGCCUCGCCCGAGCCGGAUGGAGCCGAGAGGAUGACCUCAGAGGAGAUGCGCCAGCUUUGGCCGCUUGGUGCGUAUCCCGGAUUGCCCGGCCAUAUGCCAGCAACCUCGCUAGCCAGUGUGGGCCAGCCUCCAGAGGGCAUGGGGGCGCACGGUAGUGACCCGUCGCCCAUCUCGGCGCUCAUGAGCGUGGCUGACAACGUCGGCACGGCCACCCAGGCCCCUAAAGAUGCUCCGGGCAGCAGCAGCGGUGCCCACUCAGCCAACGCAGGGCGGCAGAACAACGCCAGCCCUUCACCCGCAGGUGGUCAGCGGCGGCUGGCGUCCCGCAAUGGAGAACCAUCGGCAGGAAGUAGCGCAGGAGGACCGACCACGACUGUCACCGCGUCCCUCGCUGACCAGAGCGCCGUCAUGGGAGGCGAAGGCUCAGGAGGAGCUGGAGGAGGAGGAGGGGCUCCUCUGUGCUGCACCAUCUGCCACGAGCGCCUGGAGGACACACACUUCGUCCAGUGUCCGUCGGUGCCCGGGCACAAGUUCUGCUUCCCUUGCACUCGCGACUUCAUCUGCAGACAGGGCUCAGGGAAUGAGGUGUACUGCCCCAGUGGAGAGAAGUGCCCCCUCGUGGGCUCCAACGUGCCGUGGGCCUUCAUGCAAGGCGAGAUCUCUACGAUCCUGGCGGGCGAUGUGAAGGUGAAGAAGGAAAGAGACCCCUAACGGCCAGCAGCAGAACUCAAACCUCACUGUGAGGGAGGUGUGACCCUGAGCCCUAAAGAUGGCCGCUGUGUUCGUGUGGCCCACAGCGCUGAAGAGACGGCUGCUGGCGGGCGGGUCCUCUUCCUCCAUCCACCCAGGCCCCCUCUUGCCAUUCGCUGUCUUUCAACUCUCCUUUUCCUUCUCUUCACUGUCUCUGUCUUGGCUGAGGCGAUGGAGAAUACAGCCGUUUAUCUCUUUAGAGAUGCCCACGUAUUAAACCCUCCAGCACUUAUUUCAGAUUUGUUGGCCCGCGUCAAGUCUCCAGCAGCGCUUUAAGAACUUUUAGUCUGCAAACCGAAACCAGGUUCACCUACCGUGUUAGACUGACUAUGAGAAGAAAAGAAAAAACAUUUCAAAGAUCCGGUGGGGUGAUUUCCCAGAAUGUGCUUCAAGCCACCAGACAGAUGCAGAUUGUACAGCGGGAAGCUGGUUUGGAAACGCAGCUUCCUUUACAAUCACACGACUACAGGCCCUCUCUUGUCUUUGCUGUCGUCUAUGCUGCAUAAAACUGUUAAAUAGUCCAGGAAUAUUACUAAGUGCUAAAAGCCCUUCCUUCAGAUUGCUUCUUGAUACAACAUGUAUAUUAGAUAUCUUUAUGUUUUUUACUAAGUGUAGAUUGUAUGAGAAUUAUCCCUUUCAAUGGUUAUAGAUGUGCAAUCUCUAGAUUUGAUACUAUGUUGCUUUAUGUACCACUAAGUCUUUGAAUGAAUAGAAAACCAAAGAUAGACAUGCUGAAUAUUGUCGUAUCAUAUGAUGCUAUAACAUAUAUUUUUGUGGUAAAAUGGUUUUGUGGCUUUCGUCAGAUAACAAGGAGCGAUAUGGGGAAUGUUUUACAUUGGGAACUAAUAUUUAAACCUUUAUGGGUAGACACACAAUAGAUUUUUAUUACAAGUAAGCAGAUCACUAUAUUUUCUAUUGUAACCCAUUGGCUUUUAAAUCCUUGGAGGCGAUGACUUGUUUAAUAUUAUGACAACAGAUACAUUCUGUUUUUUGUUUUUCACAAGUAUAUGGUCCAGAUUGUUUUCUUUCCAUUUUUACAUGUCAAAGGCAUACUUUAUGACAAUUGUUUUCAUGUAAAAGGUUUGAAAGAGCCAGCAUCUAUUAGUAGACUUGUAGUCUUGUUAUACAGCGGCCCCAAGCCUAUUUGGACACUUCCAGAUAUUUUCGGGGCCACUGUAGGUUUGGUUCUCCAUGUUGUUUUGAUGUCUUCAGUCUUGUUUUAUGACAUUGGAAAAUAUAUGACUAAAUAUAUUAAUGCACAAGUACUGUUGUGUAAAACCUUUGUUUAAUCGGCAUUUAUGUUACAGCUUAAAUUGUAUUUAAAUUAAAUUUGACUUUUCACAAA